AGAAAAUAACGACUCCCAUUUGUGUGAGACGUGGUCAUCUUUAUGUUUGAAUUUGCCGCGUUUCGCACAGACUCGGGUUAUCGAUGGACAUGACAUAUUAUAUGACAUAACAACAUGAAUACUCGUUGGUCGGGAUUCUAACCUAAAAGUAUCGAAGAUUGAAGUUUUCAAUUAUUGGUUUGAAGGUUAUUGAUUUUAAUAGAAAAUAAUAAGUAAAUCACCUGGAGUAAAAACUUUUAAUGUUGUUUUCUGUUUUUAUUGCAGAAACCCAACUGAGUUUUUAUUUCGAGAAGGAGUGUUAUAUAAUAACUUUAUUACAAAACAACAUUAUUGUGAAUACUUCGUGAAAAUGGAGAAACUGAGGUUCGACUUUAAAAUGCGAGGAGCGUCAGAUGGGAAAACUACAAUAUUGUGCCUAACCUCAAUCGGCACGCCGGAUGGUCGUUCUUUUACAGUACCGGAUGAAUACCAGCCAACAAGUUUACACAAAGAAUUAAUAACGUCACAAGUGUAUGGCAGAGUGAAAAACACGUUGGGAAAAAGAAACCAAUUCAGGAAAGUUUGGAUAACUUUAACUGAAAAUAUGAAAAAAGCUUACUUAGAUGAGGAAGGUAACUUAUUAUUUGAAAAUUUUUAUUUAGAGGAGAUUCCAGACAAGAUAGCUGAAAUAUCUACCACAAGCACGUCAGAGGACACAAUAAAGAAGUUGCUAGAAAAAGUUCUAGAAUCCAAAGAACAAACUUCUGAAGUUAAAAACUUAAACAAAAUUGCUAAAGAUUUCAUGAUUGAAAAAUUUGAUGAAAAAACGUCCAAUGCCAGCCAAUGGAUUGAACAAUUUGAAAAAGAAUGUGUUCGCUGUGUAGUGGCAGAAGAUAGGAAAAAAAUUGAGAUUUUGAAGUUUUUUCUUGAAAAAGGUAGUGCUGACUGGUACACAUGCAUGAUUUUAAAAUACUCUAUAGAAUCAGAAUGGAACAACUGGAAAAAAAAUUUUAUUGAAACUUUUGGGAACAAAGGUUGGUCUCCUAUUAGAUAUGCUUUUAACUUCAAAUAUCAAUCAGGUUCCUUGCUUGAAUAUGGCCUGAAAAAAGAGAAGUUACUACUUCAAAUCAGGAAAUCCAUGGAUACUGAAACAUUGAUUGAUCUUAUUGCUAUCGGUUUACCAAAUUAUGUAUCCGACAAGAUUGACAGAGGAACACUUCAAGAAACUCAAGAUCUUUAUAAUGAAAUAUCUAAAUUAGAACAUCUUGUGAAGAAAAAUAUGCAUGAAAAAAAAGGAAAACCUUUCUGGGAUAACAAACAAAAGAAAAACGAAGACAAAAAUCCAUGUGAAAUAUGUGAAAAGGCAAACAAAGGGAAGCGUUUUCAUUCUGAAUCAAUUUGCUGGUUUAGAGAAAAAGAAGAUAAAAACAAAAAAAUAGGAUCAUUUAAAUCAGUUAACAAUUCAGAACUGGAGGUGGAAUUAAAUACAGAAGAUCCAAAAAACUGAAAGUUCCACCGUUAAUAAAAAUCAAGCUAUUACUAAAUGAUACAUUACAAAUUUCUGGUAUUUAUGACUCAGGUUCAAACGUAUCAUUGAUAAAUGCAAAAUUAUUAAAAAUUAAAGAAGAAAAUAUGGAAAAUUCAAGAAAAAUAAGCUUGAAAACUAUUAACGGUGCAGGAAAAACAAAAGGUAUGAUAACCCUAAAAGUGAAAAUUUACAAUAUUGAAAAAAUGAUAAAUGUGUUUAUUGUGGACAGUGAGAAUUUCAGUUAUGAUUUUUUGGUUGGUUUAGACAGUAUUGAAAAUUUUAAAUUAACCCAGACUGAAGAUCUAAGGAUUAUUCAGAACAAAGACUUUCAAAAACAAGAAAAUGAAAUUUACUUAAAUAAAGAAGCUGAGAAUCACACAAAUGUCAAUAUUCCGGCUUUGACAGUUGACAUAAAAGAAAAAACAUACAAUCCAACAAAAUAUGAAAUAAACUUCAACAA